AUGUAUGGUGUUAUUGGCAGGGAUCUGUUCUCUUUCUUGUUGUGGUCAGGAAAGAGAGGAGCCAAGGGUGAGAGAGGAGAGCCAGGUAAACCUCAUCAAGGACCACCAGGACUUCACGGAAUCCAAGGAAAGAGAGGAGCCAAGGGUGAGAGAGGAGAGCCAGGUAAACCUCAUCAAGGACCACCAGGACUUCACGGAAUCCAAGGUCCUCCAGGUGUUGACGGCGUGACUCGAGGCGGCCCACCAGGCGAGCGAGGGUCGCAGGGAGCAGCCGGCGGGGCGGGUCAUCCUGGUAAAGCAGGUCCACAAGGACUCCCGGGUUUCUGCGAGGCCGCCGUGUGUUUGGCAGCAUCUGCGUACACUUCACCAAGACUACAGGAAGCAGAGUGA